AUGUCGCGUUCGAUGACGUCACAACGAUGCGCCUUGUAGUUUCCUGAGAAAACGGGGGGAAAAAAUCGGAGAUAAUUCUGCAAAUAAAGACAGGGGCAGUUGCUUCACAGCAAGUAACUAAACAUUUCCCCUGCUUGCAUAUAUUCAGCGGUAACAAUUACAUUUUGCGACGAAAGGAGGACUCAGAAGACCGCUGUUCCUAAUUCACAUGCUACUCGAAACUGUAUUAGCUGUAUGGCUGCAUGCAGGAUGAAGUUGGAGUUGUGCCGGGUUGUCCAGGGGGGAAGCCGCCUUGGUGUCCUGAAGGGGCUUGGCAGGAUGGGGGAGCACUCCCUGGAGGUACCGGCCUGUCUGCUGUACACACACUGCGGGUGUGUGCCUCACCUGACCCACGACACGCUACACAGCCUGGACCAGCUGCCCUCUGUUACCCAGGUCUCACUGGACCAUUUGGCAGAGCAUCAGGAAGUGUUGGAGGAGUUCAAAGAAGGAUUCAAGAAGUUUUCAGGCCUCCAUGACACAGUGUUGUUUUGCUCGCUGCAUGACCCCGCUAUCCAUAGCCCCACCGGUUACACAACCAACAAGACCGUUUCCGUGUGGGGAAGCGGCGGACGCACGGAGCUGACCGCGGCCAAGUUCAUGGCCCUCCAGAAGCUCGCGCGGCCCGACUGCUACGUGAGCAUGGCCGACGGCGAGACCUGGCAGGACAACACCUCCCGGAAGAGGGUCCGCAAGUCAGUGGAGCGGACCCUCGCCCACCUGGACACGUGUCUGCUGGUGCACCAGGCGUCGCAGGAGCUGGAGGGAGCGGCGCUGUUCGGGGCGGUGGAGGGCGGAGAUGUCCUGGAGGAGAGGGUGCGCUCGGCCAGGGAGACGGCCAAACGGCCCGUGGCGGGCUUCUGCCUCGACGGCCUCCAGACGGGCCGCGUGGACGCCGCCCUGAGGGGCCAGCUCGUCGGCGCCGUGAUCAAGGAGCUACCCGAGGACAAGCCCAGGCUUCUGCAGGGCGUGGGUCGGCCCGACGAGGUGCUGGCGUGCGUGGAGGCUGGCGUGGACCUCUUCGAGGGGUUCUUCCCCUUCCAGGUCACCGAGCGAGGUUGCGCCCUCUGCUUCCGCUUUGACACCGCGACGGACCCGGAGAGCGCCGACAGGACGCCGCCCUCAGAGACCCUGACAAAACCGAAUGGGGAUAACCAUCCCGAUGGUCCCACCCCCUUCGAGAUGAAUCUCAAAGACAAAAGGUACCAAGACGACUUCCGGCCCCUGGUCGAGGGGUGUGGCUGCUACUGCUGCCGUAACCACCAGAGGGCGUACGUGCACCACUUGCUGGCCACCAACGAGCUCCUGGCGGGGGUGCUGCUGAUGCUCCACAACACGGCCCACUACCUCGCCUUCUUCGCGGCUAUGCGACGAGCCCUGGCCGCGGACAAAAUGGACCUCCUGAAAAGGCGGGUCCUCGCUCGGACGCAAACAAAUGCGUAAAAUGGGAUUAAAUCAGAUAGAAGAGAUGGAUAGACCCUGAAGGAGAGGUUUGUUUGGUCAAUCAGUCCGCCUCUUUUGUCACGGCUCAGCAGAUCGUCCCUGCCUCGCCGAGGCAAUCAAAAAGUUUUAUCGUCUUCGCCCUCGCCGGGGUCCCGGCCAAAUACGGCAUCUUUGUCAGCACGCUCACCACAGAACCACAGAAAACCCAUCAAUGUCUUUUGCUGCUUUUUUUUUUUUUUUUUUUUUUUUUUGGGUGUAUUGAUUCCGCGUGGACAAAUGGUGUCUCUUACAAUCGACUGUUCAUGCCUCUUUUUCCACUGUACGGUUAAUUCCAGAAAUCGCAUCUUGAAAUAAAAGUUUGUACAGUGGGUGCAUUGACUUCAAAUUUCAAUUUGUUCCGCGGCCAGGCUCGUAACUUAGAUAUUCAGAUGUUAAAUCAUCUCUUUAGUGCUCCGAGCUCCGGUUUACGCUUUCGCCUCUUUGUCUCCUUGUGGAUAAAAAAAGUCGUCUUCACAGCUGAGUCAGUACGGUGCAGUGGAAAAACAGGAUGGCGCGUGACUAAUUUCCUCAGUGAAACUAUGUUUUUUGUCUUUGUCAGGCUUUGUCUCCAUAACCACAAGUCCAACCGACUCACAUUAAACUUUAAGAAGUCUGUGAGAAGGGCAAAGGGGGGAGCCCCCCCCCACCCCCCCCCCAAACAAGAAAUUUGGAUGCGGGAAUUUUUAUCGAGCACUUUCGGCCCUGACAGUUGUUUCAUUGAAUAGUGCUCGAGUCUUCACGCUAAAAAUUUAAGCCAUCUGAAAGGGGUGAGUAUCCUUCAAAGUGUAUAAUUCAACGACCGUGAAUUCAUCUCGUUUCACUGAAGCUUUCUGGAGGGGUUCUUCAGGACCGUGUACCAAAAAGUGACCUAUUAAAUAUGUUCAAGUGGUUGCAAUACUUAAUAAAUUGUAUUGUUAAUGUAGCAUUGGCAAAGACCUGAAUCUGUGUAAAUAUUCAUACACCAGUCUGGAGAAGCUCUGUAGCCAAAAUGCUUCCUUGAGAUACAAUUAAGAUGACUUUCGUAAUACAUGCUGGAACUCUUUAAAAAAAAAAAAAACAUGUUAAAUAAUGAGAUGUGAAAAAUAUAUUUAUUAAGCUAAUUGAUUUUUCAUAAAACGAGCAAAAAGCUGCAAUUUGGGAGGGAAAAAAAGUCAUGGUUUGAAAAAAAGAGUUGCAAUUUUACCUUUUUUAUUACUUUUUACAAGACUUAAGAGUCAAGUCUUUGCCUGGUGGUAUGGUGGGUAAAGCCUUGGCCUCACAGUUCUGAGGACCCGGGUUCGAUCCCAGCCCCGCCCGUGUGGAGUUUGCACGUUCUCCCCGUGCCUGCGUGGGUUUCCUCCGGGCACUCCGGUUUCCUCCCGCAUCCCAAAAACAUGCAACAUUAAUCGGACACCCAAAAUUGCCCCUAGGUGUGAUUGUGACUGUUUGUCUCGAUGUGCCCUGCGAUUGGCCGGCGACCAGUUCAGGGUGUCCCCCGCCUCCUGCCCGUUGACAGCUGGGAUAGGCUCCGGCACUCCCCGCGACCCUUGUGAGGAUAAGCGGCAAAGAAAAUAGAUGGAUGAAAGUCUUUGCGUUGGCAUUAGUCGACUGUCUACCAGCGUCAAGUAAUUUUUCAGUUUUAUUUUUGUCCGUCGUGUCAGCUCUUAUCAGGAAAUCUGACAUUUUCUGUAAUUUCUCAGUAAAUAAAGCAUGAAUGUCGGUGGGCAUCGCGGUCGGACUUGGCGCCGUUCUGGUUUUAUUGUGAUUUUGCAAAAAACAAGCCAAAAAAAAAGAAAAAAAUUCCAUAAGAAUCUGUGUGGAUCUGCAAUCUUGACAAUAUCGAGAUCGUAGCUGCUGGUUGUUCUCUGCAAAUGAGUUAUGUGCAAUCUACAAUUUCCUGUAUUUGUGUACGCUGUUCUUCUUUUCUUUUUUUUUUUUAAAUCAAUCGAUAGAUUUCCAUGAAACGUUUGCGAACACACGGGCCAAGGAGAAAGGCGUGAAAAUGUGUGAAUGAUUCGAAAAUUAUUUCAACAUUUGAAGGAGGGCAUUUUCCCUCCCUUUUCUAUGGUUUCGGAAAUUUCUAGUCACUUUCCUUAAUUUCUCCCUACGUGACUAACAUUUUUUUUGUUUAUCCCAUUUACACAUUUUAAGGAACAUACCUCAUUUGACUUGUUUAUACUGACUGCCUAAUUUGCACGUACUUUGGCUGUUGUAUAGGUCACCAUUACACAACAAUAUUAAAUGGGAAUCUGCAAAUUGUUAUUAUUAUUAUUAUUGCACGACAAUAAAAUUUGAACUAAAACACCAAUUAUUUUUUAAAUAGCAAGUGAAGGGAAAAUUUUGCGACAAUAAAUGGUCUUCAAUUGACGUAACGAACCUCAAUAUUGUUUAGAAAUGAUUGACACUUGGCGUACGAGGCGUAUGGUGCACUUUCCAGGUUAUUUUAUUUUAUUUAUUUUUAUUUAUUAUUUUUAUCCCGGAGAAGGUUACUUGAAGGUUUGAGCUGACAGGUGAGAUCUUGUUGCCGCUGAGAAAAGGAUAAAGAUCAGAUAAAGAUGCCGGUCCCCUCUGGGGAGCCUUUUUGAAGGCGGGGGAGUAGUUGGGGGGUGGGAUUUGAAUGCGGUGGCAGGUGGGUGCUCAACAUUAUUUAUACGUGUGGGGAAAGGAGGACGCAGGGGCGCUUUUACUUGUGAUUUUAAUGACCGUGGGGAGACUUCAGUGUCAGGAGAAAGAAGGUUGUCAAGUCAAUCCUCCCAGUUUAGCCGGUAAAAAUAGACCCGAGGAGUCAUCCAAUUCCUUGAAUAAAUGGCGGCUAUUGUUAUUCACAAACCACCUGAAUGCCGGCGUAAUUGUGCAAAGGCUUCCAUUUUUUUUAGCCUCGUGCUGGUACAAAUAAGCUUGUUGGCUACGUGAACACCUUGUUAGGUCCACCUGAGCAUAAACCACCUUCAGGAACCUUCCAAAUCCUUAAUUUUUGAUUGGCGCUGCUGGUUUCGCCAGUGCGAUUUCAUUGAGAAAUUAGAAUUUCAAAUCAAGCGUUCUUGUACUCAUUCCAUGCAAAUCAUCACUUCGCAGGACUGACCGGUCAUACAGGUUUGUGAGAAACUCUAAAAUUGAUCAAAUUUAGGGGCCAACCGCUAUUUGAACUCGUCCGAUAGUCAUGUACCGUAAUUUCCGGCCUGUAAGCCGUGACUUUUUUCACACGCUUUCAACCCUGCGGUUUAUGGGGCGAUAUGGCUAAUUUGCGCAUUUUUUUUUCUAACGGCCGCAAGGGGGCACUCGAGCGGAAAAGGUAAGAGUGAGACCGGUGGAAUAUGUGUGCCGAGGAAGUGACUUUUAACGGUCCGGCCCUGUUAGCGCUGUGUCACUGCCGUGUCUCGGUGAUUUUUACCGAUGUGUUUUUUUGUUUUUGUGGCGUGGCGCUAGCAUUAGCAUUAAACUCUCUGUGUGCCGUCUUUGUAAAUAUCUCAUGAUUCAAUGUGGAAACUUGUGGCUUUUACACGGCUGCGGCAUAUGUAUGUACCAAAUAGUAUUUACUUUAGGCUUAUAACCAGGUGCGCUCUGUAGGCCGGGAAUUACUGUAAUUAACUAGUUAGGUCAACUCUUGAUGACUACCGUAUCUGGAUGAUUGAAAUCUGUUAGCUUGCUACUUUAAUAAGCACUGGUAAGACAAUAUAAAUAUAUAUAUAUGUAUGUAUAGGGUUAUUUCACAUCCCAAUACCAAAUCCAUCUUUAUUCCAUGUGAUUUACUCUGCAUGGACUCUUCCAGGCAAUAUAUGUA